AGGAGGCGGGUGACGGCGGCGGCGGCUGCGAGUGUUAAAGGCAACUUCUCCCCAGCCCGGGAGGACCAUGGCCCUGUUGCUCUGCCUGAGCCUCGCGGUGCUGCUGGGGCUGAGCUGGGGCUGCCCAGAGCCAUGUGCCUGCAUGGACAAGUAUGCACACCAGUUUGCUGACUGUGCCUAUAAGGAGCUACAGGCGGUGCCUGCAGGGCUGCCCUCCAAUGUGACCACACUGAGCCUGUCGGCCAACAAGAUCACAGCAUUGCAACGGGGCUCCUUUGUGGAGGUCACCCAGGUCACAUCGCUGUGGCUGGCACACAAUGAGAUCGGCACCAUUGAGCCAGGCACCUUUGCCAUCCUCGGGCAGCUCAAGAACCUGGACAUCAGCCACAACCAGAUCGUGGACUUCCCUUGGCAGGACCUAUAUAACCUCAGUGCCCUGCAGCUGCUCAAGAUGAACAACAACCGUAUGGCCCAGCUGCCCAGUGAUGCCUUCCAAACACUUAAGGACCUGCGCUCCCUUCGCAUCAACAACAAUCACUUUGCCUCCAUUGCUGAGGGCGCCUUUGAUGCGCUCAGCUCCUUGUCCCACCUCCAGAUCUACAACAACCCAUUCAACUGCACAUGUACGCUGCUCUGGCUCAAGGCCUGGAUCCAGAACACACUCAUCUCCAUCCCUGAGCGUGACUCCAUCAGCUGCGCUGCCCCUGAGCCCCUCCGUGGGAUGCCCCUGGGCAAAAUCCCUGACUUGGCCUGCGUGGCCCCAUCAGUGAGGUUGACCUACCACCCCAACCUGGACACCACAGAGCUCUAUGAUGGCUUCACGCUCACCCUCCAGUGCAGCGUGGCAGGCAGCCCCCCACCCGAGAUCCGCUGGAGGAUCCAGACUUCCAGCCAAGCCCUGGAGCUCCCGAACCCCAGUCUAGGGGCACCUGGGAACCAGCUCCCCCCUGCUGGGGCCUCCAAGGAGCGCUUCCAAGUCCUUGGGAAUGGGACCCUGGUCAUCCCACACCUAAGCAAGCGUGAGGAAGGCACCUACACUUGUGUGGCCACCAAUGAGCUUGGAAGCAACCAGACCUCUGUCAAUGUAGCAGUAGCAGGUACCCAGAAGUACCCACUGCACCCCCUGGGUGACCCUGCAACAGGCAAAACAUUGCCUGGGGACAGGAAGCCCAGCUCCAAGGGAGCCAAAAACAGCAUCCUCAAGCCUGAGGAGAAGACCAAGUCACUGAUCCCAACACGGCAAAGCCACCCUGGAGCAGGGAAGGUGCAGAUGGGUCCUGGGGAGGAGGAGGAGGAGGUGCCCUUUCAGCUGCCAAACUUCAAAAAGAAGUGUGGGUCCCACCAGGCUACCCAGUAUGUCUCCAACCAUGCCUUCAACCAGAGUGGGGACUUCAAGCAGCACACCUUCGACCUGGGUGUCAUUGCAUUGGAUGUCUCCGAGCGUGAAGCCAAGGUGCAGCUCACACCCUUUUAUGGGCAGCCUGAGAAGGUCCACCUCCGUGUCCUCUACCUGUGCCAGGAGAGUGCCCAGGGUCAUGCCUUGGUGCAGUGGUCCAAGAUUGAGGAAGGGGUGAAUUCCUACUGGUUCCAGGGCCUAAGCCCUGGCACCAACUACUCGGUGUGCCUGACCUUCCUGGGCGAGGACUGCCAGGUCCAGGUGGUCUUCACUACCAAGAAGGAGAUCCCCUCACUCAUCAUUAUUGUGGUGGUCAGCAUUUUCCUGCUGGCCCUGGCCACCCUGCCACUCCUGGGUGCCACCUUCUGCCACCUGCUCUCCAAGUACCAAGGGAAGACCUACAAGCUCAUCAUGAAGCCCCAGAACCCGGACCAGAUGGAGAAGCACAUGGCGGCCGACUUUGACCCCCGUGCUUCCUACCUGGAAUCCGAGAAGAACUACAAUUCCAGUGAGGCUGGGGAGGGAGAGGCAGAGGAAGAGGAAGAGGAGGAGGAAGAAAGAGAGGUGGAAGGUGGGGAGAGGGAGCUGGAGCCAGAUGGGAGUCUGGUGGCCACGUCCCUCCCUGAAUCCCAAUCCAAAGCCAACCAGGAGGAGUUCGAGGUGGGCUCCGAAUACAGCGACAAGCUGCCACUGGGUGCUGAGGCUGUGAACAUCUCCCAGGAGAUCAAUGGGAACUAUCGGCAGCCAGCCCGCUGAGCCCAGCCCAGUCCACCGUCCCCAGCCCUUGCCCCAGCCCGUGCAUUGUAACAUAGAGUCCCGUACCCGCGGCUCGGUGGGACCUGACCCAGGACUGGCACAUCAGAGACAUCCUUCCAAGGAGACCUCAGCCAAAAGCCUAGUGAGUUGGGGAGGGGGCAAAAACCCGACAGAGCUGAGACCCGAUGCUCCCGAGUGGGAUCAGGUCUUCCCCAAACAGCAGGAAGUAAAUUGGCUUUUUUGUAACAACUAGACACGCAUCAAAACCCGACCUUUUUUAAUACACUCUUUGAAUACAAGGGAGAGGGGGGUGGUAUUUUAAAUGGGGGGUUUUAUUUCUACUCUCUUUUUCAACGCUGCCUUUUUUGUUUUGAAAGCUGUGUUGGUUUGUUCUUUUUUAUACAACGAAAAGCCCAGUCGAUGGACUCAAAUGCCCCUUGGUUUUGAAAUCAGAGCAUCUAUUCAUCUCAGCCUCGCCCCAGCCCGCGGGGAUGCCCAUUUCAGGAGGUUGCUCUGCUGGACAGCUCCCUUCCGCCCUCCCCUCCCACUGCCCCGGGCGGUGAGUGCCCAGGCCCGCGGGUGGGCACCCGGGGGAGGAGGCACCUGCCACCAAGACCGGUCCCCAUCGCCAGAUCGGAGAGACGCCAGGUGAGCCAGCGGGUCACCUGUCCUUACCCAGUGUCCUUGGAGCCGUGCUGUAGACCUCGAGAUGUGUGUGUGACUUGGAGCUCUCUUGACUUGUGAAUGCUUUCGAGAUUUAGGCUGGGGUGGGGGGGAAGAAAGGUGGAGGUAGCCCCUACUUCUGCCCUUUGUUGCCCCCUUUUUUCUCCCCCAGACCUUACCGGAGGCACGUGACUCACUGAGAUUUCCUAAAUGUUUAUUCCGUAGGAGUAGAGUGCAUUAGAGACCAAAAAAAAAAAAAAAAGAUAAAAAAAGAUAUAUAUAUAUAUGUAUGUAUGUACCCCUCGAUGUGGUUUGUGAUGUUCAAAACCGGACGGGAAGGCUUGGUGAGUUUUUUGCCGUGGAACUGAGAUCAAUCUUAAAUAUAUUUGCAAUUGAUGCAUCUGUGGAUUUUUUUGUUAGCGGUAUUUUAAUUUGUGUGUUUGGGUUCUUUUAGCCUCUGUAUUUAUUCUUUUAAAAAAAAAGCCACAAAUUUCCAAAUAAAAUCAGCACAACCUUUCCCGAGGUGAGGAAAGAAACGCUAUUGUUUAAAUACUGUCCAAAAACCACUAUAAAAUCAAACAAAACUAAACAAGAACCUUAUGAUCAUCAUCAUCAUUGUUAUCAUCCUGAUCAUUACCAUUACCGUUAUCAUUACUAUUGCUAUUAUAAUUAUUAUUAUUCCUAAGCGCUUCUGUCUGUGAAGAGUCAAUAAAACA